UGACCAGCAGCUGGCUGCCACCUGGGCAGGAGGGACGUGUGUCUGCCCUGGCAGAGGGAUGCUGUCCCCAAAGAGCAUAUUAACAAGUUCUCAUGUUUAUUUUUCUUAUCACAGUGCCUUCAGUGAAACUGAUACCUGCCGGCUGCACAGCUGUGGUCCUGACAACACACGGACUGCUCAGCCAUAUGAUAUUUAAUGUGAUAAAGCAAAGCAGACUUCACCCGUGCUAACAGAUACCUGGAGAGGCUUAUGGGCGGAGAUCACUGGGAGUACCAGGAGUACCGCGAUGGGCUGGGUCCCACCUCAUACCUCUUACAAUUGGAGCCACCUUGGCCUGGGAGCUCAUCCCUAAGCGUCAGUUUCCCCGCGAGGCUCAGUGGCGUGCCAGUUUGAUUAAGAUGAAGAUGGAGGACUAUGAAAUAUUCUGUAAGAAGCAUCUUUCCAGAAUCCAAGAGGAGGCACUAAAAAGAGAAACCUCUUUUGCUCUUCAGCACAAAAAUACCUCUCUCAUUCAAUUCCAUGGAGUUCCUGUACUUUCCCCUCUGCUUAGUCUUGAAAAGAAAAAGGAAAUGCAACAGUACAAGCAGAAAGCACUGGACCUAGAGACAAGGAGGCAGAACUCUCGGAAAAGAGCUUUAUUGAAUCGUGUCCAGGAGAUUCUAGAAAACGUUCAGAUCAGGAAAGGACCUAAUGCGAGUGAUGUGAAUACACAGGAGGCUGAGAAUAGUUGCCCUGAUUCAGAUGCAAGAACUUCAGCUGACUUCACAGCUCCAUCAGAUGUAAAUUUGACAUGUUGUCCACAAAAGCAUGGUCCCACAGAGCUUGAAAAGACACCAGAAUUUAGACCAGCAGAUACUACUGUGCAGGGGACAUCAAACGUGACAGUAGUUAAAGCAGCAGAAGAAAAUGGUUUUUCAAAGCAAAGUGAGAGUCACCUUUCAAAAGAGGUACCUUGUCCAAGGGCUGUGUCUCCUGACAACAUGCAUAAUAAUCCUGUGCCACAGGCUUUGCAAAAGCAAGAGGGGCCAGGAGUGUCACUGUCAGAUGAGGAAGUACAAGAUCCAUACGUCACGAGUCUUCAGAACCUGAUGAAGAAAUCCAGGGAGUUGCUGGAGAAAGAGCAAACCAAACGGAGCUCAAAAAGUAAUUCAAAAAGGAGUAUGAGUGAAAGUCAUUCAGAUAAGGAAAAUGAUGGUGUUAAGACAACUGAUUCAGUGAAAGAAAGAGCAAAGCUUACAGGCAGGAGUUGCACUGCUGUGGCACUUGAUAAACCCAGUCUUAAUAAGUCAAAUACCCUUCUCCAAGGUGCCUCUACUCAUGCAAGUAACCCAAGUGUUUCGACUUCAUCCAGUUUUUCUAAAGUGGACAUACCUAUGAGAGUUGGAACACCCCCACUGGUGGAUUCAGAUUCAGAUGAAGAAUUUAAGAAGACUUCUCUGUUUGAUCGUGACAGUAGCAUUGUCAGGAGCCUCACAGGUUCUUAUGCCAAACUGCCAAGCCCAGAACCAAGCAUGAGCCCUAAAAUGCACCGAAGGCGCCCGAGGCCCUUAUCAAUGGGUCACAUUGUUAUCAAUAACCCUGUGAAUGCUUAUGAGUUAAGUCCUAAAGGCAAGGGUAGAGCGAUGGAUUUAAUCAUGCAAGAUAUUGCUGACAAAAAUAAUGUGUCUGAAUCAGUGCCAAAGUUCAUGCUGGACUUUGCUAUGGUUUGCCCUAGCAGAGUUCAUGGUGUCAACAGGAAUUUUUCAGUCCCUUGUGAUGGGUCAGGGGUUGGCAAACCCAAUCGCCAUUCCUUUGGGCACUUGGAAAGCAAGGCAACGUUGUCAGCUACAGUGGAAGGACAGGUGGUGAUGGACAGCAGGGGGACAUACAAAGUAGAGAACAGUACUAACAUUGUAGCUCCAAGACUGAACGAGCCACUUGCCAUCAGUCAGUCUACAGUCACACAGAAGAUCGUAGCUGUGAAUGAAACCAAACCAUCCAGUUUGCUAGAAAAUACUAAAUGUAAUUCUCCAGUAGAACUCAAUAAGUCUUAUGAUGUAGAAAACCCAUCCCCACUACUAAUGCAGAGCAAGAAUAUGCGACUGCAGGUAGACACUCCAAGUGUCUCCCCAGCAAAUGAGCAGUUUCCAGAAAAUAAUUUGGAAAAGGUAAAGCGUAGACUUGAUUUGGACACUGACAGCUGCCAAAAAGAAAAUGGUCCCUGUGUCCUGACACUUGGAAUGGAAGAACAAGAGAAGCAGUGGUUGCAAGAGCAGAAAUAUCCCGUGGGAUCAGUUUACAUUACCAAGAAUAUCACCCCUGAUAGUAUGGCAAAAGAAGAAGUUUUUAAAACUAAGAUGUUGGCCUUUGAAGAAAUGAGGAGGAGACUUGAAGAGCAGCAUGCACAACAGCUGUCGAUUCUGAUAGCUGAGCAAGAGAGAGAACAGGAGAAAUUGCAGAAGGAACUGGAAGAGCAGGAGAGAAAGUUGAAGGGAAAGAAGGUCACUACAACAGAAAUAGAAAUUUCCAAAGUGAAUAUCAACAGUAGGAUGGAGUUGGAAUGGAGGAAAAAAAGUGAAAGUGGCUUGCUGGAAAGUGUGCAGUCCCAGCUGGAGACAAUCCAUAAUGCAAACUCUACCAGCAUUGGUUUUGCUCAUAGUACAACACCUAACACCUUUGCUUCAACAAGUGAAACUUCAUUCUAUCUUUGGGGACCAACGGGUAGUGGAGUUAUAAAAACCUCAGUAUCUAGGCCAAGUAACAGGAUCAAAACCAGGUGGAGUCAGGUUUUCAGUCCAGAGAUACAAGUGAAGUUUGAUAAGAUCACUGCUGUGGCAAAGGGAUUUCUCACUCGUAGACUCCUGCAGACUGAAAAACUGAAACAUCUCAAGCAGACUGUAAAAGAUACAAUGGAGUUCAUAAAAAAUUUUCAGUCUGAAGCCCCAUUAAAGAGGGGAAGUGUUUCAGCACAAGAUGCAUCCCUUCAUGAAAGAGUAAUGGCCCAGCUACGAGCUGCUCUGUAUGACAUCCAUGACAUCUUUUUUACAAUGGAGGCAUCAGAAAGAAUGAAUAUUCUGCGUCAUGAUCGUGAAGUUCGUAAAGAGAAGAUGCUCAGACAAAUGGAUAAAGUAAAGAGCCCAAGAGAGAAAGUGACACUUUCAACAGCCACACAGAAGUCUCUGGACAGGAAGAAAUACAUGAAGGCUUCAGAGAUGGGAAUGCCAAGUAAAAAAAUAAUCAUAAAACAAAAAACUCCUGAAAGCCGCAUACUUCAACCAAAUCAAGGACAGAAUGCCCCAGUUCACAGACUGCUUUGCAGACAAGGAACCCCUAAGACCUCAAUGAAGGGGGUUGAGCAAAAUAGAAAGAAGGCUCCAGAGAGCAGAGUGUCUAACAAGGCUGUUUCAGGAGCAUAUGCAGGAAGAACCCAAAAAAAGAAGCUAAAUGUUGUGACAAUUUAAGAAGACAGCACUCGCUGGGAUAAAAUGGCUUUGCUUUAAUGAUGGCAUUCUCAGUACUGAUUCAUUAAUUGCAUCUUCUAUAACAUAUAUGUAUAUUUACAAAUGAUAAACAUACAGGGAUAUGUUAUCACAAGCAUAUUGAAGUAAUAAAGGGCUAUGAAGCUCUAAUACUUGUGGAGAAAUUGCAUGUUAAAACUUUAUAUUCACACUACUGUGUACACAUAAGAUUCAUAAUCUUUUUUAUCUAUAUACCACAGUAGGGCAGCAUUAAGCUAAAUGUGUGACUUUUUCACACUCUGUAUUUCUUGCAUCUGACGUAUGCAUUUUGCAUUACUUAGAACUGCAAUUUCUGUGUCUGGUUGUCACCAUAAAUAUGUCAUGUGUGUGUAUUUUUAGUUUCAUACCAUAAAGUUAAAGCAGUUAGAUAGGAAAAAACCCCAUAACUUCAUCAAAGUGGGGCUCUUCCGUCAGUAAUUGCCAGCAGCCUUUUUGAAUGUACUUUCUGGAUGAAUGUGAUUACCUCAAUUUAAAUACUAAUGGCCCAAAUGUUUUGCUUUUCUGCUGAGCUGGAUAGACAGGGAUCCAGAUUAACAUUCCACUGUGCUGGAAGAGACCUAGGAUUUUUUUUUUUCUGCUUACUUCAUUUUCUUACAGAAACAACUUCUGACCAAAAUGAAGAAACAUCUGUUCUACAAAACUUUCAGAAUGCAAGAUUUUAAAUGUUUUACCAUUUCAGACAUACAAAUGAUAAUUGUUAAUAAUUUAGAUAUCUUAGGUUUCAUUAAUGACAGUUGUAUUUUUUCUGGGCACUUUCUCUUCUACCAUGAUCCAACAGGCCCUUGUCGAGGGAUUUCUGGGGGAAAAAAUAAAUCCCGACCUAAGCCAAACAUACACACUCUUAUAUUUAUCAAAAUUUACCAUUAAAAGGUCAUGGUCAUAUUUUGCCUUGCUCUUCUUCCCUGAUGGAUGUUAUCCUUCAGCUUUAGGGGAGCAGAAUUCUGUAAUUGCUGCCUUUCAAGGAAUUGGAGGCAUGUUAACACUCAAAGUCCAACAGAGAAAAGCUUGGCUGUGUAAGUCUGAAGUGAUUACAGUUUUGCUGUCACAGCUGUAGUAGUGAACUGACUACCUGAAGGUGAAGUGGGUUAUAUUUGUUGCUUUUCCAGUAUGCACACGAUGCAGUGCUCUACCUUCAGAUGCUUUUUAACAUGUUGACACAGAAAACAGACUGAGAAUGCAGUCAGCAUGAAAGAGGAACUUUAACAGUGGGCUGAGGUCAAGUCAAUUGGCUUACUUGUGGCAUUAGUUGUGGCUUUUAUCUACCACCAGGUCUUUGCAGCUAGUGACACUUGUUUUGAAUGAUGUUUUAUACCAUCUGUGUAAGUUACCCAAAGUGCAUAUUUAGGAAGAGGCAGAGAUGCUGCCUAAGCCCUUCUAAGAAUGACACUUGGUGACUCUCUAUUGUGGCAUUUAUUUGAAAUCUUGAGGGGCUGGGGGCUCCCCCAAUGGUGUAAAAGUGAAGAGUUUACACCAAUGGAGCACCAGCCUUCUAUAUAAAUGCUAUGGUUCUGUACAGUUUCAGAUGUAAUACAGAAGAUGCCCAAGGUCUUCUUUCUUCUCACAUUGGGCAUCAAAGCUCUGUUUGGUACCAAACUUCCCUUAGGAGUGGAAAACAUCUCGAGAGAAAAAAUCUAUAAUGGUGAGAGUAACCUGUGUCUCAGGUGACACAAUGUGCUGGUAUCAGUGCUAAAGAUGGAUGUUUUUAAAGGAUGUUUUAUGUGCUAUAUUUAUUAUUAGCAUAGGCAAUAUGUUGAAGUGAAAAUAGGUUUAGCUUAAGUAUUGAUAAAAAUGAAUGCUUUCCAUCUGUUCAGGUCUCAUCUCUAAACCUCUCACUUUAAGCAUGCUUCCAUUACCUGUAAUGAAACACUGUAGCACAAGUUUUUUUUAACUUUUGUGAGGCCUUUCUCUUGACAAGUGCCAGAAUUUGGUUUUGUAUAUGUUUUGUAUUUAUACAUAUUUAAUUUCACGUUUGUGUGGAGUUGUAAUAUCAUUAAAAAGGUGUAUUUAUUUUGUUACUUUAUUUCAUUUCCACCAGUCUUGCUUUUUACUUAAAACAGACUGCGCAAUAAAACUUUAAAUCAU